CCCGUCAUGCGCCAAUAGAUAUUCAAGUUCGAAUUCACCCUUUUCCCUCUCUCUAAAAGAACUGUUGUAGUCUUCGGAGUGAACCCAUCAAGUGUUUGUGAAAAUGCCGAAGAGAAACUCCUCUGUCUGCAACCACCCCACCACCACCCCACGACGGUCACCGAGGCUCAACCCCACCACUCCCGACCCCAAACCGUCAAAGAAGAAAUCUCCGGCGGAAUCGAGAAUCUGCACCGUUGGAUUGAGACGAUCUCCCCGGUUCAUCAACAAUGGGGUCGCUGAGGUUCCCUCUCUCAGACGAUCUCCCAGGUUCUCCGAUGACCAAACCCUAGAAAAUGAGCAGAGAACCCCAGAGAAAUUGAGCAAACCCGGUAACGCUUCUGGUGGUUCGGUGAAAUCCGCGAGAGUGAAGAAGGGUUCUGUAGCAAAAAAGAAAGAGAACAGUGCUGUUGCUGAUGAGGGGAUUGCGGUUGAAGAUGGAGGCAAAGGGAAAGGGAGAAAUGGGGUCCUGGCAGGGAAGAGAAAGCGCGGUGGCGGCGGAGAAAUUCAUGAAGGGUGGACAAAGGAACAAGAAUUGGCUUUGCAAAGGGCUUAUUAUUCUGCAAAGCCCAGCCCCCAUUUCUGGAAGAACGUUUCGAAACUGGUUCCUGGAAAGUCUCAACAAGAUUGCUUUGAUAGGAUUCAUCAUGACUAUAUGACACCGCCUCAGUCUCAGCCUCGAUCAAGGGCAAAGACAAUGAAUUCAUCACCACUUCAUAAGUUCUCAAUAUCAGCAAGUAAAGUGCUCAAGCCUAUUGAUAAGACAGCUAAAAGAUCAAAAUCUUUCAAACAGAAGAGCUUCAUUACACAGAAGUCUAUUGAGAAGCUGCUACAAAAUCGUUUUAAAGUUGAUAAAGACCGUGAAGGGGACAUAUUUUCUGUUCUUGAACCCAACAUUGAAAUUCCUACUAAUGCCUUGCAGUCUAGUCCAACAUUUUCUACUCCGAAGCAGCUAAAAGAAAACCAAGGUUUACUGAAUAGUUGCACGGGAACAUCAUCUUCAAGCCAGAAGAAGACCCUUUCAAGAUUUAGUAACUCACGCGUUUCAGAUGUUGUUAGUCCCCCAGUGCUAAAACAGGUAAAGAACAAGGUACAGCAUGAGAAAUACAUCAAUCAAUUACGAUGUAGGGAGGCUAGAAGAAUGGCAGCCUCUAAACGGACAAAAAAGACCAUAACUGGAAAAAUGAUGGGUGAAGGAAGCAGCAUUCUGAAAAAGGAUGCAGUUAAAGAAGCAAAAGUUGCCUUGGUAUCUGAAGCUAAAGAUGCUAUCAAUAAGUUUCAACAGUCACAAGUUAAUUUCAUGGGCGAUUCGUGUAAUUCUGAUGAAGACAAUGAUGAAGACUUUGGAGAUGAAUAUGAAAGUCCGUAGGUUUUCCUCAACCACAUUGAGUGAAACUGACGUGUAUAGCAGUUAGAUAUAGUAGCCUAGUCAAAAUCCAACUUUUCAAAAAACCCAGUUUUGUAGCAAUUUCCCCCAGUUAACAAAGUGAGCAAUCCACUCACUUCUAGUUUCAUACUUGCAUUAUCUUCUGGGAAUAAGAUUUUUCUAGAUGUUGUGCAUUUAGAUUGGGCUUUAUAGCAAUAUAUCUCCUGAAUUCUAUCUGGGUAAGUAGCUUUAAAUAUAGAUCACAAUGGGCAAGACCUGCUUCUGUUAUAUUUUAAAAUUUUAAUAAUAGGCUCUAUGUACGCGAGUUCACCACUUUGCGUAUUGCAAGCAUUUAGUCCAA